AUGCUUGCAGCAAUGGCUGCUGCAGUCUCGGUCAGAAGCAGCAACCAGGCUUCAGUCACUAACGCUGGAUCUGUAGCUCAAGGAUCCUCAGCUGAGAAGGUGAACCCGCCAACCUUUGCACAACCAUCGGGCGCAGAAGCAUCCUCUUCGCUAGAUGAGGGCUUCAUUGGCGAAGACAACGAGCGACCUGACUUGAUAGCCAUUCCCUGGCCGACACCCACGCCGACCGGAGCCAAGCCACCUUCUCCAACUCAUUCCAGACAAGUGUUUCCAAUCCGAUGGCCGGCGUUUUGCGGCAAGCAGUACAAUGUCAAGGUCGACGAGUACGAUUUUGGUACAUCGAAAGACCUGGAUAUACAGGAAGCUGUACAUCAACUCGACGGAUCGUACAAGAAGGUUUACGGCUGGAUACACGUGGUCCGCGCACCCGCAAACCAGGCACCUGGCACCAUCCAAGCCCGUCUCUCGUAUGCUGCUUCACCAAGGGUAAACAUCGGCUCUAUUCCACACUCAACCUCAGCCAAUGGUCUGGUCAUUGGUGACCCAACAUAUCCCGAUGGCUUCGAUGGUCUCCACAAAGGUUCAGCUUGUCUUGGAAUGUCACUUGUCGUGUAUAUGGCUGCAGGCGUUGAAAUCGACACUCUCAAGGUGUCCGCUAACCACCUGGGCAUGCAGAUACAUCAAGGAGUUGAGUUUACCGUCAAGAAGUCUACCCAUAUCUCCCUUACGAAGGGCACGCUGGAUGCUGCUGCUUUCAACUCCAGUGCAACGUACCUCAAGACCAUAUCUGGCUCCAUCAGCGGCUUGUACACGUUAUCCGAUCUUGUCUCUGUAACCUCAAAAAGCGGCUCUGUAAACAUCGAGGUCGAACCACAAGCUGCGACCGCAGAUUCGUCUCCUUCCGCCAUCUUUAUGGUCGACGCGCAUUCGAGCAGCGUCAGGACGGACUUCAAGCGGAAGCGUAUCCCUGACCGCGACUACCAAGUUUACAUCAACACCACCGUCGGAUCGGUCGAUGGAACAUUCAUUCAUGGCUCCAGGACUGAGAUUAACUCGGUUGCUGGUUACGUCAAUGCUGACCUCCUACCCUUCAAGUCUGGCGACUUCGCUUCAACAAUCAACACGGAUACCGAUGCUGGGCAAACCAGAAUCAGGGUACGAACGCCGUAUAAGGCGAAGAACAUACCUAUGACUGGUCUUACCAGCGUACACAAGACUGUAUCUGGAGAACUAGACUUGACCUACCCCCAAGAAUGGGUUGGACAUAUCAACGGUACCUCGCUGAGCGGAGCAUUACAUCUCGAAGGAAAAGAUCUCGAGCUCCUGGGCGAAAACGACAAGCCUCAAGAGAAUCACGUCGAGGCGCAAAAAGGCAAAGGUGGUGGAAAAUUGGAAUUCGACACAGACAGCGGAGAGUGUAAGAUCAAGAUCGGGAAGGCGUGA